GUAAUUCAUGAACGACGCAGUCUGGAUAGUAAUUCCGUGCUCAACUUACAGACGUUCGACGAUUGAUCGUUCUUCGGUUCCCACACUGGUCAGAUCAGUCAGGUGGAAACUUCGGAUCUCGGAAGACAUAUCGAUAUUUGUGAUUAUAGAUAUAGAUAAAUAUAUAUUUAUAUUUUGAGAACGUUGUCAGCAAAAGGUCACCAGAUUUGGAAUCAGUUCAUGAUCUCGUUUAGAAAGCCGUAGUUGGAAUGUGAUGCUGAUGAUAAGAACCAUUAGCCUCAUUGAGAUUUGGGGUGCAGUGUUUAGGGUUCGUAAUACAGGGUUUGUGUGAAUUCUGUGCAAUAUAAUAGCCAUUCUGUUCCCAUGCAUUCUGCUUGGAGCAUUGCAACACUGGUGCCGAGCCAUGGAGUAUUUCAGCGACAGACAGAACGUCGUGGCAUCACAGCCUUGGAGAAAUCUUCGGCAUCCCUCGUAGCUUGUGUUGAGAACCAGGCACAGAAGUCACGGCAGUGGUGUAGGGCACAGUGCAUGAGCAUGGGGUCUAACGUGGUUCCAAGCAUUGGAGUGGAGGGGUUCGGCAACACCGUUCAAGAAGGUGCGGUAGAAGGGACACGAGAGCUGCGAAAUGAAGCGGACUUUGCAAGUAUCGCCAAUACCGACGGGGAGAUUUCAAUCUGCGGGUUCGGAUCGCUACUUUCAGAAAAAAGUGCACUCUACACGUUUCCCAACCUCCGGAACUUCAGAGUAGGUGUGCUGCACGGUUUUCGUCGGGUGUUUGCUCAUGUCGCUCCAGUGUUUCUCGAUCGAGGGAUUGCCAACAUUGAGACGAAGGAAUUGUCGAGUCUAAGUGUUGAACCAUGCGUGGGAGAGUCUAUCGUAGUUACUGUCUUCGAAAUAUCAGUCUCUGAGGUCCCUGCAUUUAUUGAAAGAGAACAUGAGUUUCGGUUUCUUGCGGUUACCGUUGAGGAUAAAGAAGGACAGCCCUUCUCUCAGCAAGCUGUCAUCUGUGCAAGAUACAGUGAUGAAGAGUACCGUCGCAUUCGAUGUCAAGGAAGUAGCGAGGAAUAUUACAGACGUUAUGGACGACAUAAGAUUGAGCAAAUAUGGCGAGAUGACAUAUUCCCUUGUCGUGUCUACCUUCGCCACUGUGUUCUAGCGGCUAAGAAUCUGGGCGAGGACGCAUACGAGAGCUUCUUGGAUCAUACGUACGUGGCUGAUAGGCGCACAACAAUUAGAACAUACUUCAAACACGGUUUAGGGGUUGGCAUAAUGAACGAGAAGCCACCUGAAGCAUUGCGUGAGAGAUAUGGCGGAUAGUUCACUCUUUAACAAUCGUAGUUGUGUCGAACAGUACAUCAUAUCGGUGACAGAGUUGAUGUAGUGCGUGUGACAACUGUCUUUCGGGAAUAAUAGUUAGCGAUUUGUCAUUUGUAACAAUUCUAUAUCACUUUGUUUAUUUCGUACAACUUGAAGUGUAUCGUCCGUGCGUACACGGUACAUCGAAGACAUUUAAUCUCAUGAAAAUGUUUUUACUC